AUGGAGAUAUUUAGAGAAUGUUAUAACGUAGAAUAUAUUGAUUUAAGUGCAGCAUAUGCUACUUCUUUGCCCCACGCAAUGUUUUAUGAAUGUCGUAGUUUAAAGACAUUAAUCUUGCCAGAUACAAUUACUACGAUUGGAGAUGCUGCCUUUUCAAAGUCUGCAUUGCAAACUAUAUAUAUUCCGCCUAGAACUUCUUAUUUUAAUAUUGAUAAUCGAGUUCAAUUUAAUAAAGUCUACUUUUGCGGAUCCAACAAUAUUAAUUUCCAACUCCCUGAUGAUUGUACUGUGCACGUAUCUGAGUUUUAUCCCUACGAACAUUUUAUGAAUAAAAAUAUUAUUCGAGAUGCUCUUUGCCAACCACUUAGACCUCCUUUACCAAUGAAACACAAUUCACACCCACUAUUUUGCUCUCGGUUGAUGCCUCUAAACGAAAUAUCUCCAUUUAUCAUGAUUUAUAUAAUUUAA